AUGGAGAGAACUUGCACGGGCACCUGCUUGCCUGCUCCAGCGCCGUGGGAGGUCGACAGCUGGCCGAUGGCCAUCACGGGCGCGGCGGCGGCGGCGGCACAUACUGAAGUCUGGAAGCAGAGUACAUUUAGGAUGAGAAAUCAUUGUUUCAAUAAUCAGGUUCUUAAUGAGACAAGCCUUUGGUGGUUCAAUCAGACCCGUCACAUUACUCCGAAUGCAGUAGUGCCUUCUCCUGAUAAGAAUGUAACAAUCGCCAAAAGUGAGGGGAUGCUUUAUGCUGACAAGGGUGUAAGGAACUAUUGUGGAAAUGCUCUUCCUGAUGGCAUGCUAGCUGCUAGGAACUUGCUGCCUAUGUUGUCACUUCUUGAUUGCCACUUUGCCAUACAACACCAAGUUUUGGAUAGAUUGGAGCCUUUUUACAUUUAUAUGCAAAGAAUCAGGACUGCAAAGACCACGAGGAACAAGGGGGGGAUUGACUGCACAAGAGGUGUGAGUAGGGAGCAGAGAGCCAUAAACAGAAGGAACAAACUUGAGUCAUCUCUGGUUUCAAGUCGGAGUUAUGUCCCUAGUGGUAACAAGAGAGCCUUGAACCGCGCCAUAAAAUGGAUGCUAGAACAUCAUGCGGCUUAUGAGGCGUAUCAUAAUUUUGAGGAGAAUCUAUCUGCUAUUGCAGUGCAACGAUUUGGCGAACCUUUUCGUGAAGGUUCAAACGUUGCUUUUGAGGAGAAGUCAUUUGGUGAAAUAGUCAAACCUGGUCAAUUAACUUAUCCAAUCAGUACUAAUUAUGCUGUGGAUUUGUCUUCCUUGGUUGUCUCGAUCGCUUUGUUUGAUGGAGAUAAGAUGUUAUUUGCAUGCUCGGGCAUACCUAUACCUCACGGAAGAACCAGACAAAGCCUAACAAGAUUUGUGACAUCAGCAUAUUUGGUUACACAAUUCAACGAGAAUAGAAAUAAAGAUGAUAAGUUGAGGGUUGCAGUGCGCCUUCCUAAUAAUACAACUACCGAUGGGUUCUUAGGACUAUAUGAUAAAGACGUUGCUAUCGUCACAUGCUUGGGCUUCCUAGGAGUCCGUCCUAUAGAUCUGGAUCUUAAGGCAACACCUUCCCCUGGUGAUAGUUUGAAAGCUGCUGGGCGUGCCUUCAACUCUGACAGUUUGAUGGCCAUGAGUGGAUCUCUGUAUGAGAAACGCCACCUCAUACACCUCGAACACCUGAACACCUGGGUUCCUGAUAGUCAAGAUAUCUCUAAGGCUGUACUUGGAGGGCCACUUCUGGGGUGCGAUAAUAAAAUUGUCGGGAUAAACUUAGAUAUUUAUGACCCUGGUGAUGCAAUUUUGAGAUACACCUUCCUACCAAUGGACUUACUUUGCAAACGCUUGAAGCAUUUUCAGAUACUCAAUCCUAAAAAACUAGACUUCCGUGGAUAUAAGUUGCCUAAAGAUGUAUUAAGUGUAGUUCCUUCAGGGUUUAUGCAAACUAUUUGCAGGUUAAAGUCCCAUGGCUAUCCCAUUCCAUCACCACUUGUGCUCGAAUGGUAUGUGAGAUCUUUUGCAUGCACAGGCUUGCUUAUAAAGCAUGGAAGCAAAGCUAAGCACACUGUCAUCCUGACUUCAGCCAGUUUAAUUGAGGUGUUUCUCCCACCGAAUCAACGUGCUGGUGGGACAUUGGAAUUUUAUAAUUUAGACUAUAACAUUGCUAUUGUCAGUCUCAAGAAGAAUUUCAGUGCUAUUUGUCCGGACGACAUCUUCAUUAAAAGUGCACAAAACACAUCUAAAAAGGUUGUAGCUAUAGGGCGUGAUGCUAAAUUUGGUAUAUUGAUGGCCGCAAGUGGUGAAGUGAAGCGUGGAAACAAGAGUUGCAAACUUGAUUGCAAAGAUGUUCAGCUGUCUACUUGUAAAAUCAAGAAGGCUGGGAUUGGAGGCCCGCUUAUUAAUCUUGAUGGGAGUUUUGUUGGCAUGAACUUCUGGGAUGGAAGCGGUGUAACUCCUUUCUUACCAAGGCACAAGAUUGUUGAAGUUCUAAGUGGAGUGAAUUCUUUACCAUCAGAAUGUGGAUAUAACCAUCCUAUGCCUGUCAGUGUUGGUGGUGGGAUAAAGAAGGGGAUACAGAAAAACAGGUGGCCGGUGCCCGAGCCAUAUUGGUAUCAUGGCGCACUUGAUGUGGGUAUUCAUGAUCUAGACAAGCAUAUUGGGCGGCGUCUUAAUUAG